AUGAAUUAAAAACAACUGACUUCUAUUGAUUAUUAAGGCUAAUUGACUAUUUAUGAUUGCUAGAGAUUCAAACUCUAAGACAAGAUUAAAAUAUCUGAUUUGCCAUUAAAGCAAGUGAUUAUUGAUGAAUUUCAUGAGAGACUAAUAGUUUCAGGGUAUAUGUCUACAAUAUACUCAAUUGAUAUGAAUACCCUUAAAGUAAUAGCAGAGUUUCAACCUAAGCACGAGGAGCCUUGCAAAAAGAUUUACCCUUGCAUCAAGAAACUAGAUUUUAAUAGCAUCUUAGUUGGAACUGGAAAUGAGAACCUUAGGAAAAUUGAUACUUUGCAUCAGGGAAGAGGAUUACUUUUCAGUUAUGACUUAAGAGAUAAUUAAGUAAAUACUAAGUUCAGAGGGCAUUUUGAUUACAUAUUAGAUCUAGAAGUCAUUAAUGAGAAGUAUUUCGUCAGCAGUAACCAUAUUGAUAAGAUGAAAGUAAUUGAUCAGAAUUUACUAGUGUGGGACAUCAGAAAUAUCAUAAAGGGAGGACAUAUCACUAGACAAGUAUCCAUUGGAAUGGAUAUUGGUGACUAUAAGAAUUGUAAUGCUAUCUAUUCUGGUAGCUAGGAUGGGAAAUUAUACAUUUAUGACUUAAAGCAAUACAAGCUCAAAUAGGCUGUUGAUCUGUUUGAAUUUGAUAUGCUAGUAGAUGUGGAUUUUAAUAUUCACAACGGAUAGAUUGCUUGUCUAAGCAGUAAGCAUAAACAGUACGAAAAUAAUAUUUCUAUUUUGAAUCCUAAUUUAUUUUGA